CGUGGUGUGAAUGCACCCUUAGCAAAGGGGGCGGGAUCCAGGCAGGGCAGAGCUUGCCUGAAAAGAAUCUUUCAGCUAGAGAGGAGGUGCUGGGGUGUUAGACACACCCACGAUAUCACAGCUCCUUCUAGUCUACACAGACGUGCACAGCGUUCUCACGUAGUCUAAGCAGAGGGAGCGAGCACGUUACUGACCACACUGAGAAGUCCUCGCUCUGUGGACAUUUUCUUAUCUACAAAACCAGGAAGUGGGGAGAAAUGACAAGACAGAACUCUAAUUCAGAGGAAAAACGAACUAGCAGGAAAUGAAAACAGCACUGCAAUAAGGUAUAUUGAGUUUUCAUCAUGUGGCUCCCUCUGCUGGCAGCUUUGGGUUUAAUCCUCCUGUACAGGUGGUACAAGUACAGUCUUAUCCUGGACAAUCUCACAGAUAAAUAUGUCUUCAUCACUGGAUGUGAUUCAGGGUUUGGAAAUUUGUUGGCUAAACAACUGGACAAACGUGGAAUGAGGGUUCUGGCUGCAUGUUUGACAGAGACAGGGGCUGAGAAUCUGAAGAAAGAGGCUUCCAGUAGACUACAGACAACAAUCCUCAAUGUAACAAACUCUGAAAGUGUGAGCUCUGCUGUCAAGUGGGUCAAUUCUAUAGCCUCUGAACAAGGCCUCUGGUCUUUGGUGAAUAAUGCAGGGAUUGGAGUACCUACUGCUCUUAAUGAAUGGCUAACUAAAGAUGACUUCAAGAAAAUUCUGGAUGUAAACCUCCUAGGGCUAAUCGAUGUCACAUUGAAUAUGCUGCCUUUAAUCCGAAGAGCCCAAGGACGGGUUGUUAAUGUGUCCAGCAUUGCUGGGAGAGUGGCACUCUUUGGAGGAGGAUACUGCCCUUCUAAAUACGGAGUGGAAUCUUUUUCAGACAGUUUACGACGUGAAAUGGUCCCAUUUGGUGUGAAGGUCAGCAUUAUAGAGCCAGGCUACUUCAGAACUGAAAUCUCAGAUUCCAAACGUUUGUUGGAAAAUGUAAAGAACAAAUGGGAGAAGUUACCAGAGGAAAUCCAGAAGAGCUAUGGGCAGGCUUUCUAUGAAAAAUAUUGCCAGGCAAUGGCUAAAGGCCUUUCAAAGACCAGUAAGGAUCUUCACCUGGUAACAGAGUGUAUGGAGCACGCUCUUACAGCUGUCUACCCAAAGACGAGAUACUCUGCUGGCUGGGAUGCUAAACUUCUCUUUCUGCCUCUUUCCUACUGCCCAACUAUGUUAGGGGAUUUCAUCUUUUCACAAAUACAAUAGGAGAAGAGUACACAAGAUGAUAGCAGAAGGAGUACAUAAAACCGAAAAACUUUCUGUUGAACUUGCAAAGUAAAGAACUACAUAGUGUUAUAAAUAAAUAUAUAUUGCUUUUGCAAAUCAGCUGUA